AUGGACGAAGGGGCUGUGCAGUCCCGGGCCCAAGAGCAGCUGGAGGCACCUGCCGAGGUAGGAGCUGUCCAAGAGAAGUGCGAGUCAGAGACCUUCAGGUCUAAGAGUUUACCGGUCCUGCACAGCGCCUCCUGCCGGCCGAAUCUCAGUGCUGGGAAUGCAGAUGGAGAACUGGCCUCGGGCUGCACUGAAUCUUCGGGUCACCAGGAGAUGCAUGGAGGAGGGAACCUGAUCGUCCCUAGUCCCUCUGCCCCAUCCACUUCGGCAGGGACUACAGCGGAAGUCGUGGACUGUAACCACAAGAUGGACCCCAGCAAAACUAUGUCAGUGUCUUCUACUCUGGCCACACUCCAGGAGAGAAGGUGUCUCUACGUGGUCCUUACGGAUUCUCGCUGCUUCCUAGUGUGCAUGUGUUUUCUGACCUUCAUCCAGGCGUUAAUGGUCUCUGGGUACCUGAGCAGUGUCAUCACGACCAUUGAAAGGCGCUAUAGCCUGAAGAGUUCCGAGUCCGGGCUGCUGGUCAGCUGCUUUGACAUAGGGAACCUGGUAGUGGUGGUGUUCGUCAGCUACUUUGGCGGCCGUGGGCGAAGGCCUCUAUGGCUGGCGGUGGGUGGACUUCUUAUCGCUGUUGGGGCUGCUCUCUUCGCCUUACCUCACUUCAUCUCACCUCCCUACCAAAUCCAAGAGUUGAACACGUCGGUCUCCAACGAUGGCCUUUGUCAGAAUGGCAACUCCACGGCCACCUUGGAGCCUCUUCCCUGCCCCAAGGACUCGGGAGGAAAUAAUCACUGGGUGUAUGUAGCUUUAUUCGUUUGUGCACAGGUUCUCAUUGGAAUGGGCUCCACACCGAUUUACACCCUGGGACCAACCUAUUUAGAUGACAACGUCAAGAAAGACAACGCAUCCUUGUACCUAGAAAAGGCACCUCCUCCUAUUUGGGUGGUGCUGGAGCUGGAAGUGAGGGACCUCCGUAUGACGGGCAAGCGCUCUUCCACCGAGCUACACAACAAACCCCUCAAGUCACCUUUUACGCCAAAGGCUGCCUCUAAGGGUGACCAAAGCUUGAGUGACAGCUAUCACUCCCUGAAGAAGAAGAAGAAGUUUAUUUUGCCUCACAGUUUGAGGGUGGACUCUGUCCUGGUGGAGAAGGCACGACAACAGGACUGUGAGGUGCCUGGUCACCUGGUGUCCAUAAUCAGGGAGCAGAAAGAGACGGAUGCUGGUCCUCAGCUCACUUUCUCCUUCUUUAGUUCAGGACCUCAGCCACAGGAUGGUGCCAGCCACAUUCACGAUGAGUCUUCCCCUGUCUGUUGUAGCAGCAAGGAGUCCAAAAUCCCGGUGUUGGCGGAUUUGCUGUCUGGUGAAGUGCACAUUAACGCCCUCUUCCUCCUCUUCCCAGGUGUCAUCAUUGUCCCCAGUGCUGGCGUUGGCAUCGUCCUGGGAGGCUACAUCAUAAAAAAAUUGAAGCUUGGUGCAAGAGAGUCCGCCAAACUGGCGAUGAUCUGCAGCGGGGUGUCUUUGCUCUGCUUUUCAACCCUGUUUAUUGUUGGAUGUGAAAGCAUCAAUCUAGGUGGCAUAAACAUCCCUUACACCACAGGGCCUUCUCUCACCAUGCCUCAUAGGAAUCUGACAGGAAGCUGCAAUGUUAAUUGCGGUUGUAAAAUACAUGAAUAUGAGCCAGUCUGCGGAUCAGAUGGAAUCACAUACUUCAACCCGUGCCUGGCUGGCUGUGUCAAUAGUGGCAAUCUUAGCACCGGGGUUCGGAAUUACACAGAGUGCGCCUGCGUCCAGAGCCGACAAGUGAUCACCCCGCCCACGGUGGGUCAGCGCAGCCAGCUCCGCGUGGUCAUUGUGAAAACCUAUCUCAAUGAGAACGGCUACGCUGUGUCUGGGAAGUGCAAACGCACCUGCAAUACCCUCAUCCCCUUCUUGGUCUUCCUUUUCAUAGUUACCUUCAUCACAGCCUGUGCCCAGCCGUCAGCCAUUAUAGUAACACUCAGGUCUGUGGAAGAUGAAGAAAGGCCCUUUGCGCUGGGAAUGCAGUUUGUUUUGUUGCGAACACUUG